UGAAGAUGUCGCAGAGUGCGGCGAUCAUACGCCACCUGGCGAGAAAGAACGACAUGGUCGGCACCUCGGACCACGAAACCCGGCAGCUGGAGAUGCUCGAGGGAGUGAUUUGGGACCUGCGUGUGUGGAUGGGCUUCCUUUGCUACGGCACCGAAGAGUCUUUCAACCAGACGCUGCCGGCCAUGAAAGAGCGCGUCUCCAGCUGCUACAAGCAGCUCAGCGACUACCUCGGCUCCAACAAGUGGUUCCUCGGCGAUCGCAUCACCUACGUGGACUUCCUCUUCUACGACCUGUUCACCAACUGGCACGACCUGGACUCGCACCUGCUGGAUGCCACUGAGAACCUGCGCACUUUCCGCCAGCGGUUCGAGGCUCUACCCGCCAUCAAAAGCUACAUGACCUCGGACCGGUUCAUUAAGUGGCCCAUCAACGGACCCUCCGCCUUCUGGGGCGGCAAGUAGGGCUGGCCGGGAUCGCCGCGAUGGCUGAUCACUCGCCGACUUCGGGGACGAGCCGCCGGCCACCCGGGGGUGGGGUGGGGAAGCUGCCAGGGAGGAGCAGGCAGACCCGCGCUUGACGGCCCAAAAGAAGAGAGGUGGGUGGCUCUUUUGGCUUCUAGUGUUACGUUUGUCUCCGUCCUGUUUAUGUUAAAGAUCUUGCCAUGUCUAAAUAAAGACCGCAUGAAAUCGUG